AUGUCUGAGAUAGACUACUUGACAUAUGACAACUUUGUCGACUCCAUGCAGGAUCUCCUUCCACACCUGCCAAUGAUAGUCCAAAACUGCUUCAACUGGGUUAUGACCAAUGAAGUCUAUGGCAUGCCAAAUGCCCCAAAGACCAGUCGACUCCUGAAGUAUGUGAUGGAUGAUGAUGACAAAGAGCAGGUAGUCUCACCAUUGUCCAUCAUGAUUGAAUGUAUUGGUAUCCUCUACAAAGCAAUGCACAAUCUUGGCCCAUUUGCCAACCAAACCAAGCUAGGUAGAGCAAUGCAAACCAGAGUGACUCUCUUCCUAGUGAAUGAGGAGUGGGAUGUGACUCACAUCCUUGAUCUCAAGAUCGAGGGUCUGAUCAAACAUGCAUGCCUCCCCAUUAAGGUUGAGAGCCCUAUGUUGGGUCAGAGCAACACCCUGGCCUUCAAAAUGAGCAACUCCAAUCGCUGUCUGAAUGGCCAUGAAGCUACACCAUGUCCUACCCCUGAACUCAGUGCAAUCACAAAUCACCAUCUAAAGGUGCUUUCUGGUCUAAACAAUAAGAUGAAAUGGGAGGAACAGGACCUACUGGACCCCAGUUUCUCAAACAAGUUACAUACUGAGUACUUUGCAGAGCAUGGAAAUCAACCAAUGCUGAUUGCUGUAGAUCUGUUUGAGUGGGCAAUAAAUAAGUGCACAGUACACUCCACUGCCAAGGAGUAUGAGCUUCUCACAGCCACCUAUGACUUGCAUUGGGACCAAGUUGGAAGCAGAGCAUAUGACUUCCUUACUAAAUGGGAAGCUCAUGUAUCCAAAUUGCAUGCCUACUUGAAGGUCCCCUGGACUCCAGAUCACCAUUACUGGACACUCAAGCAUGCACUACCUUCAGACAGAAAUGUGCUAUUUAACUCAGUGUCUGUCCUGCAUGAGAAACUUCAUGGGAAGGAGCAAACAGCUGAAAGUGUAGCUAACAUACUUUGUGAAUGCUAUGAACUUGCAGCCAAAAGCACCCCUGUACACCUUCCUCCCAUGACUGAAGCAUUGGAACUGAUCACAUUGCAUGCUGCCAUGCUCAUCAAUUGCUGGGCCUGUGGUGAACUCAGUCACACUGCCAAUCAUUGCCCAGACAAUGCCACUCAUGCCAAGUGGAAACAAGGAAAGAUUAAAAUGUCUCCUAAGGGUCAUGCCAAUGCAUGUGUCAUACUACCUCUCAAAGACACCCAGGAGGACUAG